UGACACAGAUAUCAGUAGUGUACUUGUUACUUUUAACCAUAACAUCCAGAUUUUUAAAAAAAAGAAUGAAGACACACACACACAGCACAACACCAGAGGAUACACCGUGACAUCGGAAUGAGAACAAUGUGCCAUAGUAAGAGCAAUUUUUAAAAAAUUAACUCUGAGUUGUCUCCAGGUAUUUAAGCAGCCAUUCUUUUUGAUUUUGUGGCCAAUUUGUUUUUAACUUGCCUUAAAUUUCCCUUUACUAUUGUCCAAGCGGUCCACCCCGUUGGUCCGCCUCCUAUCUCCUAUUCCAUCUUUUCUACUGAACACCUGUUGAUAGGUGACAUGAGAUGCUAUUAUUUUUGUGGUGAUUAAGGGAAAGUGAUCAGAGCAUGAAAGUGAAUCCAGUCUGUCACAAGAGGGACCAGCUCUUUUGCCUCUAGCUGUGUGUGGAAGUGCGGACGGUAGUAUUUUACAGGCUUGGACAAAAGUCUGGUUGUUUUUGAAUUUUGCUCCUGUAUGCAAGUGGUUCUCUUCACGGGUUUGUCAUGCUGCAACAAAUUCUACGGGAUAUGUACAUUGAUCCAGAACUACUGGCUGAAUUGAAUGAAGAACAGAAGCAUGUCCUCUUCUAUAAGAUGAGGGAAGAGCAGGUUAGGAGAUGGAGGGAGAACGAGGAAAGAGCCAAAGAAGAAGAAGCAGUGCUGAAGAAAACCAUGAGACUCAAGCAGAGUAAUGGCAAACAUGUGCAAUGGCUCCCUGGGACCGAUGGUGAUGUCUGGGUUUGGAUUAUGGGUGAAGCUCCUGGGGACAAGCCAUAUGAGCAGAUUUCAGAGGAACUUAUUGCAGAAAGAGCCAGACAACAAGCUCAGAAGGAAGCUGAAGAAUUAUGGAAACAAAAGGAAGCUGAAAUUACAAAGAAGUUCCGAGAUGCCAUGGCUAAGGAGAAAGCUCGCAUAGUAGCAGAGAAAUGGAAAAUAGAGACAGAAGAUCGCAAAGCAGCCAAAUUGAUGGAGGAGAAAAUCCAGGAAGAAUUAAAGAAAAGAGAGGAGGAAGAGAGACAAAAAGGUGAAGAGCAGAUACGGCAACAGGAGGAACACAGAGCACAAGAGCUAUACCUGAGCCUCAAACAAGCCCAGCAGUACAGCCAACACAAUGAAAAGGAGGACCAUGAAUGGGAAGAACAGUUGCGUCGCUCAAAAGCUGCUGAUGAAGAAAGAAGCCAUAAAGCACGUCGGGCUCGGGAUGAAUAUCGGCACCAAUCCUUGAGAGCCAUCCGAAAAGGAAAAGUGGCUGGUUUGAGUAACCUGUUUCAGGCAGCUGGUCUGAAUAGUGAGCAAGAGGCAAAACUGACUAAUGCUGCUCCCAUUUCACCUUUGACCAUGAUGGUUCCAAACAGCAAAACUUGGGAACGCCCUCCAAGGCCUUUCUCCAGAGAAAUCAUAAUUCAGUGGUUCAAAGAAGAGCAGCUUCCACGCCGUGCUGGAUUUGAAAGGAACUCUAAUACUAUUGCACCUUGGUUCCAUGGAAUUAUUAGUCGUCAAGAGGCAGAAGAGCUGUUGAUAAAUAAGUCUGAAGGAGCUUUCCUAGUGCGGGUCAGUGAGAAAAUCUGGGGAUAUGCACUUUCCUAUCGGCAUCAGAGUGGUUUCAAACAUUUUCUUGUGGAUGCUUCUGGAGAUUUCUACAGCUUCUUAGGGGUGGAUCCCAACCGGCAUGCAACACUCACAGACCUUAUUGAUUUCCACAAGGAAGAAAUAAUUACAUCUUCUGGUGCAGAGUUACUACUGGAGCCUUGCAGACAGACAAAGAACCCACCUGACUACAGUCCUUUAUUUGAAUGACAUUUGGCGUAUUUAUUUAUUUAUUAUUUUGGGACUAUAGAAGAGUAGAAAUAAUUGGUGAAAUAACCACAUCUUCAAAAAUAAGAUGCAAGCUUAUGACUAGCAAAUAUCCAAGAGCUAAAAGUCUCAAUGCAGACUAUCAAGUUUUUAAUUUACCAGUUAUGUCACUAAUAAUGCAAGGCCAACAAUUCAAGGGAUAAUUCCUUUACAAUUAUACUUCAAAAUAUGGUUAAAGUGAUUAUCAAAAGCCAGCAUUUACAAAGUGAUGAUGUUAAGUAAUAACUAUAGGGACAGGGAAUGGAUCUAGUACUUUAAUGAGCAGACACUGAAGUAUGUGAGGGGUACAUGGUUAAAAGAUAUAAUGAUUUGGGCUAUGGGAAUGUAGCAUUAGUUGUUUUCUGAGAUACAAAUUACAGGUUAGUAGCACCAUGUCUAUUUGCUUAAACCUCUCAAUUAUUUAUAAACGUGGUGGGUGAGGAGGCCUACAUUUUUGAGUGAAAUGAGUGCAUGGCUGGAAAAAAAACCAGAAUGAAGACUGUAACUGACUCCUCAUCUGCCACUUUUCUCCUUGUAGUCAUUUAUCCCAACCACCUCUUUUCUGGUAACACCUACUAUUUGAAAAGUGCUUUAUGGAGCGAGGGUAGCAGUGAGGGCAAAGGUAAACCAUGGUAUUUCUUCCACAUUUCUCUUUUUGUCCCAGCAGACCUCCCUCAUUCUGCAUCUAAUCCCAGGACAGGUCUGGGUUUAUUAAAUGGGGCUAUUCUUUUCACAUGUAGUUUGAUCCUAUGUGGAAAGGCAAAAGGGCUAUUGCAAUUUGUGUGCUCCCAAAGCCAUUACUGGAGGUGUAUUUGAGGCCAGAGGUGGACGAAGUGUGGCUCCUAGAAUGAAUCAUUAAGUACAGAAAUAUAUUUCCUGCCUCUGGCAAAUAUCAAGGGAUAUAAACAUGCACCAACUUUUCACUUGUACUCUUUACCAACUUUUUAUAAGGAACAAUAAACACUUGUGAGAAACUGAAA